UAACCACAUUACACUUUUCAUUCAAUUCUGAAUUCACUUUUGUGUUGAUAUUUUCUUCUGCGAGCAUGGGUGAAGCUCCAGUGUUCUUCAUUAACGGGUUCUCAAAGUUUGAACACGAAAUCCAACAACAGAACCAUGUGAACGACCAGAACCAUGAUUCCUCUUGGUACGAGGAAAUCAUCGAUGAAGAUCUGAAAUGGUCUUUUAAACUCAACAGUGUGCUUCAUAAAGCGAUUAGUGAAUACCAGGAUAUAACACUCUUAGACACCAAGCGUUUUGGCAAGGCUUUGGUUCUUGAUGGGAAGAUGCAGAGUGCAGAAACAGACGAGUUUAUCUAUCACGAAUGCUUGAUUCACCCUUCUCUUUUGUGUCACCCUAAUCCCAAGACUGUCUUUAUAAUGGGCGGAGGCGAAGGCUCUGCAGCAAGGGAAGCCCUUAAGCACAAGUCAAUGGACAGAAUCGUUAUGUGCGACAUCGAUAAGGAAGUAGUAGAUUUCUGCAAAAAAUACUUGAUUGCAAAUAGGGAAGCAUUUUCUAAUAAGAAGCUGGACCUUGUGAUCAAUGAUGCGAAGGCUGAAUUGGUGAAGAGAAAGGAGAGAUUUGACAUCAUUGUUGGAGAUUUAGCAGACCCACUUGAAGAUGGACCAUGUUACCAACUCUACACCAAAUCCUUCUAUGAGAACACACUCAAACCAAAGUUAAAUGAUAAUGGCAUUUUUGUCACCCAGGCUGGACCAGCUGGUAUCUUCACACACAAAGAGGUUUUCACUUCUAUAUAUAACACAAUCAAACAGGUCUUCAAAUAUGUCAUUGCAUACACAACUCAUGUACCAUCAUUUGCUGACACAUGGGGAUGGGUCAUGGCUUCGGAUCAACCACUAUCAAUUUGUGCUGAAGAAAUGGACAGAAGAAUUGCAGAAAGAAUAGAUGGAGAACUUCUCUAUCUAAAUGGUGCUUGGUUCCAUUCAUCCACAACCAUGAAUAAAACUGUUUACCAAUCUCUGCAGAAUGAAACUCAUGUGUACACAGAAGAAAAUGCUAGAUUUAUUCCUGGGCAUGGAAUGGCUUUUCGUCUCUAACUUUCAAGCCAUAGAUUGAGGGGUAUUGUUUUGACCUAUAGGAUGCAUUAUUAGUUUCAUUGUCAUUGAAUUAUUAUCUGCUUGGACUCUCUUGGUUUUUACGGUUUUUUCUUUGAAAAAUGGGUUAAAAAGAAGCAAGUGUUUAUAAAUUAUCUUCAGUAUUAAUUCAAAUAAAUAAAGUUAAACCUUUUUUAUAGUUUUCAGUUGAAACUACGGGGUUAGAGGUAUAACAACUCACUAAUUAUAUUAUCAGUACACUCAAAAAAGUCUCACAUUGUUUAAUAAUUAAGACACAUUGGAGAUUAUGUAUGAACAAGAGAUAAAGUAAAUUUGUAAUGUAUAAAAUGCAAAACCUUAUUUAUAUGUUAAUUUUAUAAGGUUAAAUUAAGCUUAAAAAUUUACUUAUUUAAUAUGAUAUUAGAAUUAUUUGUAAGUAUUUUAAUAAGAUUUAAAAACUUUGUUGAAUCUACAAUGUGGUAAAAUCAUUUAUUAAAGUCUAAUCUUUAAAAAUGUAUAUGUGUUGAGUUGAAGAGAGUGUAUUGGAGAUUUUAAAUUUACGUUGUAUAAGGUAUAUAAGCGUGUUUACAUAGUCCAAACAGAUAAGCCUUUCAAUUCAAUGAAACUAUGAAUGGAGCAACCUUUGAGGUCGAAUACAGAAACUCUUGUAUACUCUGACUCUCACCUCAAAUCAUUCCAUUUUUGUACUUCUUGCAUCUUUUCAUUUGUAAAUUGGUGUUAGACUAUUUGCUGUACAGAGAUAUCGAAAGGAUGGACAUUCAAAACCAUAAGAACAGCAACAUCAAUCAAAUAAUUCGAACAAUUAAUGUAUUA